AGAUCCAGAAAGGCCUGGAACCCAUAUGAUCUCUGCUGCAGAUGAUGCUGAAUAUCCCCGUGAAUACCGAACAUUGGGAAAUGGGACACGCCGCUUCUCCAACGUGGGACUGGUGCAUACAUCAGAGCGUCGGCACACUGUGAUUGCUGCCCAGAGUCUGGAGGCACUUACUGGGAUCCAAAAGUCUGAGAUGGAGAGGAAAAGGGAUGCCUUUAUAGACCACCUGAAGAGCAAGUAUCCGCAACACGCUUCUGCCAUUCUAGGGCAGCAGGAGCGAAUCAGAGACCAGCAACCCAACUACUGGAGCUUUAAGGCCCGGAGCUCCAGACAUUCCCAGAGCAUCCAGUCAGGGCUAGCAGAUCAGGCAGCCAAACUCUCCUUUGCUUCAGCAGAAUCCUUGGAAACCAUGUUGGUGGCAGAGCUGCCCAUCGGUUUCAACAGAAUGAACCGAUUUCGCCAGAGCUUGCCCCUCUCCAGGUCCACCAGCCAAACCAAACUCCGGUCACCAGGGGUUCUGUUCUUGCAGUAUGGGGAUGAGACGCGGAGAGUUCAUAUCACACAUGAAAUUUGCACCAUGGACACCCUACAUGCCCUCAUUGUCCACAUGUUCCCACAGAAGCUGACUAUGGGCAUGAUGAAGUCCCCAAACACUGCCAUUCUAAUAAAAGAUGAAACCCGUAACAUUUUUUAUGAACUGGAGGAUGUAAGGGAUAUUCAGGAUCGAAGUAUAAUUAAAAUCUACAGAAAAGAACCCAUCUAUGCAUCUUUCCCUCCUCCCCAUAUGGCAAAUGGAGAUCUCAGGAGAGAAAUGGUUUACAGCCCCAGAGACUCAUCGCCGACACGUCGCCUGAACAACAUGUCACCAGUACCCCAUUCCCCACAUCUUGUUUCUGGUUCCCCACCUCCUGUACUGCAGUCUUCUUCCCCUUCCAGGUCACGGAUGUCAUACAGUGGUGGACGACCACCCUCCUUUGCAGGUAGCCCAGUACAUUUAGCAGAACGUCAUUCUGGUAUCUCUUCCUCUCAGACUGUCUCUCCUAGCCCAAGUGCCAUACUUGAGCGGCGGGAUGUUAAACCAGAUGAAGACCUUUCCAACAAGAAUGUUGUGCUAGUGAAGAAUGAAGGAAUAUAUGCGGACCCUUACAACAUGGUUCAUGAAAGUAGGAUGAGCAUUGCAUCUGCACAGUCUCUUGCAGGACUUGCAGAUCCUUUUACAUAUUCAGGGGGUCUCUAUAAACGCGGCUCAGUGCGCUCACUAAGCACAUAUUCUGCUGCCGCUCUUCAGUCAGACCUAGAUGACAGUCUGUAUAAACCCAGUGCACAGAUGUACAGUGAUGCCUAUGGAUCAGCUGUUGGCUUCCGGAUGCCUCCUUCAUCACCACAGAAGAUUGCAGAUGGCAGAUUGGUGGACAGUCAGCAAGGACAGAGCCCCCAUAGUCCUUAUUCUGGAUCCCCUAGUCGAUCAUCUCCUGUUCGGCAGUCAUUCCGUAAGGACUCCAGCUCUUCUGUGUUUAUGGACAACCCAGUCAGUAAACCUCGGAAUGCAAGUACUUCCAGCCAACCAGAGAUAUUCCCAGGCCCUGGAGAUAGGCCAGUGUCAGGAUUUGGAUCUCCUCAGCCUGCCAAGGACUCUGAAACCAGGGAGAGAAUGGAGGCCAUGGAGAAACAGAUCGCCAGUCUGACCGGCCUUGUACAAACUGCUCUUUUAAGAAGUACUGAUGGAGAAAUCACAAAUGAGAAAACUGAGGCAGUGGACGGGAAUUCUGCUCCUGCAACGGUUCCUCCACCAUCUAACCGGAACAGUAUAGCCAUGCCUCCACAGCCACAGCCAACACCAAUUCCACCAGCAUCUGGGCAGCCAACAGCCAUCACCCGUCUCCAAAUGCAGCUGCACUUACAUGAGCUGCAGCAGAAUGCCAGCGACCUGCGCAAUCAAUUACAGAAGCUCAAAAAGCUACAGAUCAAUAACCAGGACACAGUGAAGACAAUGCUUAAACGAACAGAAACUGAGAUUAGUGUGCGUGUUACUGAUGCUGUACGAAAACACGAAGACCCACUGCAGCGCCAACGUACCUUAGUAGAAGAAGAGCGACUACGAUACCUUAAUGAAGAGGAAUUAAUUAUGCAACAACUGAAUGAUCUGGAAAAGUCUGUGGAGGAGAUCCUGAAAGAUUCGACCCAUAAUCACAGGCAGGUACCAGUGCAGGAACUCGAAGAGAAGGCCCUGGUGCUGAAACAGCUCGGAGAGACACUUACGGAAUUAAAAGCUCAGUUUCCAAGCCUGCAAAGCAAGAUGCGUGUUGUCCUGCGAGUUGAAGUGGAAGCAGUGAAGUUCCUAAAAGAGGAGCCUCAUAGGUUGGAUAAUUUAUUAAAACGCUGCAAGACGGUCACAGAUGCCCUGGCUAACAUUCGCAGGAACGUAAAUGAAGGGCAUUGGAAGGGUACAGAUAAUGCACCAGUCUCUUCUCCAAAGCACAUGAACACUGAAACAGACUUUAGUAAAAAUUCAGAGUUUGAUAUACCUACAAGUCCGCCUUUAAACUUCCAUGAACUGAAUACUCCCACUGUGCAACCUUGGGAUGUCCGUGACUCACAAGAAGUGAGCAAAAACACCCAGAAUUCCCCUAGUCAUGCUCAAAAAUUAAACAAUCCUUUGGAAAUGGGGCACACCUUCUCAAUAAAAAGUCGAAGUGGCCAAGAUAUGCAAGCCAAAAAGAGUCUGGAGAAAUCUGUCUCUAUACAGGAAGCUGAGCGGGACUGGGAGGAGAAACGUGCAGCCUUGUCUCAGUACAGCACAAAGGACAUCAACCGUCUCCUGGAGGAGACACAGGCUGAGCUGAUGAAGGCCAUCCCAGACUUGGAUUUUGCAGGAAAACAGAAACAGCAGAUGGCAUCCCCUUCUGCUACACCAGAGCACAAACCCAGCAAGCCUCAGCACACUCAGAAAGCUAUAACCAAAGCCGAACCCAAUGGCCGCAGGGGGUCAGAUGAGUUGACAGUGGCUAGAUACAGAACUGAAAAGCCUUCCAAAUCCCCACCACCUCCUCCUCCAAGGAGAAGCUUCCCAUCUUCACAUGGCCUGACAACAACACGCACAGGAGAAGUUGUAAUGGUGAACAAAAAGGAGUCAACCUUCAUAAAGAAGGCAGAUUCAGAAGAGUUAGAGAGUCAAAAACCUCAAGUCAAACUACGAAGAGCAGUUUCAGAAGUUGCCAGACCAGCAUCAACUCCUCCAAUUGUAGCAUCUGCUGUUAGAGAUGAUGAUGAUGAUGAAGAUCGAAUUAUCGCAGAACUGGAGAGUUCAGGUAUAACCUCUCCAGCCAUGAAGAUCAUCAACCCAUCUGCUUCUAGGCUGAAGCAGAUGCAACAUGGGACUCCAGAGAAGACAAAAUACAGCAAACAACGGGAGGAAUUCAUGAAGCUCCAAGGGCAACAGCAGUAAACCAUUGGUCAGCCUUCGUUCCUCGUGCCCUGUGUGUUGCUGAAUCCUGUUGUUCCUGUUCAGCUGUGGACCUGAUAAAUGCUGCUUCUGAAAGAGUUCUUUUUUUCUUCCCCUUCUGGAAUUUCAACUUUUUGUAGGCCAAUAGGACAUCUGAACGAGGCAGUGGGAUGAAAGAGACGUCUUCUCCAGUUGCAAAGAUGCCUGCUUUUGGUAGGACAGCCAUACCUACACUGAUCUCUGGUGCAAGGAGAUCCCCCAGUUCUUCCAAACAUUCCCUGAUGACAUCAUUUUCAGUCACAUCACGUACCACUGAUGCUCUGCUUUCACCAUCAUACGACUCAUUUAGAACACCUUUACAGAGAGCUACACCAAAUUCUCAAGCACCCUUUUCUGUAAUUCCUGUUCACGGUAGCAAACCUGUGACAUCCUCCUUCUCUCUAGCUCACUCUUCUCUGGAUAUGAAAAAUCUGAAGAGCUUCCACUCUGCCAACUUCCCACAUUUCAAACAACAAAACAUCGAGCACAAAAAAUGGUUUCAGAAGGAGUCCAGGAAAAUGCAAGAUGAAGGAGGAGCCACUCUCCAGGACUGAUCUCACCCCAGAUCAAAAUGUUUCAGCUGCUAAAUUAUCUUCCCGUAGAUAUUCAUUAGCUAUAAUUAUUUAAUCCUUUACGGACUCUGGCACUGUUGUUUACAGUAAAAGUCCUUGUCAAGGAAGACUUCCACAGAGUGAUAUUGUCUGUGAUGCCACCUGUUCUAUCCUUCCAACAGCUGCAUUGAAAUGUUCAUAACCUGGCAGUGGAUGCAUUAACAACAGCAAUAACCACCUGAAUGGUACUAGAAGAUGUUCUACACAUGUGAAGCUUUUUUUCUGUCCUGAAUUAUCCUUUUUGCCUGAGCAGUGCUGUAGUAACAAGGAGUACAGCAAAGUCUGGUCAGAUGUCAUGGACGGACACACCAGGUGAGGCAGACAGCGUCAAUCAACCAAAUGACCUUGGACAUAUUUACAAAUGAUUUUGUUUGCUCUGGCCUGUAGUUUGUCUUGCUGCCCUUCCACCUGAUAUAAAAGCCAAGGACUAAAUCCAUGACAGAACAUAAGCCUAGAACUAAUGCUACACUGUAAAGUCAAUGACAAAAAUGCUUUAUGGUCCCAUUUCUGAGAUGCACACAACAUUUGUAAUUUAAGUCUCUGCAAUCUUUAAUAGAUAAAACCUUGAUGACAUCUCUAGGUAUCUGUUAUGCAAAUAUAAAAAAUCCCAUUUCAGCUUGCUGUGUGCUUUGAAAAUUAAAUUUAGGUCAAAUGUAUUAUAACCUUUUUGGCUGGUCCUGUGUGGUAAUGUUUACUGAACCAGUCAAUGACUCAAGUAUAGAGGUAAACUUUGGAAAUGGAGAUAUUAUGUACAGCAGAUACAUAACACAGUUUCCAAUUCUGUUUUCUUCACAUCUGCUAGGGAGAAGGAAACAGGUGAACAUGCUGUGUCGUGGACGUUUGCUACAUAAUAUGAUGACUCUUUCACAGGUCCAUCUAUACCACUGACAGUGAACCCACUAAAUACAAACUAAUUCCACUUAUUUCAGGCACACUCUGAAUAUAAGAUGACAUCAGGAGCUUUUUAGUGUUUGGAGUCACGCAAUGCAGACUCUGUAGUGCAGGAUGUUUAACUAUGUCUCUCAUGUUUUUUUUAAGUUAGCUGGCCUACUCUCAAAUGAGUUUGGUUGCAACAAGUGGCAUUUGCCCAUACUUUUAAGGGACAGUAUGUUAAAGCCUGAUCUACUUAUAUUGGGCAAGUGAAAUGUUUUUUUUUACUUUUCCCCCCACUGUUAUGCGACCAUGGAGUCAGUAUAUUUAAUUAAGUUGGGUGUAGAGGUGCAAGGCCCCUGCAAAAACAUCUUUUUUCUUCUCUUUUCCCCUCUUUUGUAGUAGUCUGACUUGUUUCACAAUGUAAAAAAAAAAAUCAGUAAAAUGUAACUUGUACUGUAAGUAUUCAAAUUAGCACCUGUAUAUCAUUUAAGUCACUUACAUGUACCUCAGAAAGUGUCAUAUAAUGAGCGUGUGAAUCUAUAAUAAUCCACACUCUUUAAUCCUUAUUUAUUAAUUGAGCAUAAGGGUCAUUGUGGCUCGGUUGUUAAACCAAGGCAAAACAGGGCUAGCUGUAACUUGCCCAUUUGAAAAAAAACUAUCUUGCAAAUUGCAUAUGGCUGCCAGUGUGGAGAAGGUAUGUGAUCACUGAUUAAGCAGGUGAUGUCAUACUUAACCCUGUACCAUUACUGGUCCCAGUCAGGUAGUUUCCCACAAAGCCAGUAUAGAAGUUCAGUCCAUUCACAAGAGAUAACAUCACCAUUGUGUGCCAUAGGUGACAGAUAACUCAGCCACAUGAUAUCCAGUCAGAAGGCUUUGACUGACUGCAGGGGCGUGGGAAUGCCAGAUAAAUCCUUACUAGUUACUAGUCAGAUUGGAUAAAUAAUGCAUUUAGAAAACAAUUUUUUCUUUUUUUCAAAUUCAUUUUCCCAUGCCACAGGCUUCCAUCUUAAUUCUCAUUGAUUGACACCUCAGUUUGUUGUACAGUAACAGACUGUGAUGUCAUACUGUGGAGACUAAAGAGUUCCACACAUUAAUAACUUUGCCCUGAACGGGACACAGAGAGUGUGUUAUUACUAUCAGUGAAGAAAACAUCAUCAAUAUAUCCCCCUCUGUUUCAGAACAUGCAGUUAACCGAUCUACUGAUGAUACUUUUUUUUUUAUUGCUGUUUAUUAUAGCUCUUUUAGUCAAGGGAGGGGGGUGUAACAUUGGAGUCUUGAAUGGGUUUAUAGCCAUCAUUUUCCACUGACAUAGGGUUCAUAAUUCAGGAAUGAAAAAACACUGCACUAGAAAUAAGGUGUUUCAGAAUUUCUCUAUCACAAGAAAAAGCACAAAGCUGAAGAAACUGCAACUUUGCUGAACAGUAAUUGUUAAGGGAAGGGGAAUUGGUCUUCCUUUCAGGCAUCACUAAAGAGUUGAAUAUAAGGCGAACGUUAAAUACAGGCCACUUGCUGCAGGCUUGUAAUUUGCCCACUGAGAUUGUUUGUUUACAUAGCUCUAACCCUCUGCAGCUACUUAUUUUGCAAGCCUCAAAGCCAGAGCUUGAAAACAUUCUUAUGCUGCUAUUUUCAUUUCUGAACAAAACAAAGUAAAUGAACUGCUCAUGUUACAAUUCUCUGUCUAUAACUUCACCUGUCCGAACAAUUAUUUUAAGUACUGCAAAACACCUUCUCAAUUCUCAUAGUAAGUUCUCAAGGGAAGUGCUCUUUAAAUCUAAGACUGGGGUCAAAACACUAAUAAAAGAAUACAAGAGUUCCCUAAAGGGGUAAGCUAAAUCUGCACAAGACUGUUUUAGUAAAUUCACUAAACAGCUAGGGGUGCUGCCGUACUGCUGAACUGAGCUGAAUAUGAACAGAAGAGUAUUGCGUUCAAAAAGGAAAACUAAAUCAUGGCUUUCAGCAGUGCCACAUAUUGAGGAAACAGAUUUGUACGCCCAGCACACCCCAACAAAGUGUGAAAAGCACACCGUUCUUUCUUUAGAGUCUUACAGACUUUUUGGCAAGUAGUGUAUAAAUGUAAGCACAUGAAAAAUGAAAUUGUCUUUAACAAAAUCUUUAUGCGAGAUAUGUGUGCGUAUGUACAUGUGUGUGUGCAUCUGUUAAAAUAAAAUAUAUGUGUAUAUAUUGUUAAAAGAGUGAUACAUAGAACACUUAUUGAUUUAAAAAAAGAUAAAUAUAACUCAUCUAUUAAUUUUCCUUUUUUGUAUAUCAAUUGUUUUUGUACAGGAACACCUUUUAUGGACAAAGAAAGAUUUAUUCAUAUUGCAAUUAUGUUGGAUUGCAGAUAGCUCUUUACAUUUUAAGUGAAGUGUCUUAGCAUUUUAUAUUAAGUUUUGCAAACAAAUUAUAAAGUUAUUAAUCUUUGCCUCUGAAAUAUUUAGAGAUUAUUACUCGGGGGGCAGAUUGCUUAUAUUUUUGACUGCACUCAUGUUUGCUUAAAAGUUUUAUUUUAUUUAUUUAUUUUUUUAAUCUUUGAAACACAGAGGGCAUUCAGCUUCCAUGGCUAAAAUGGACAGAGUCAUUGUACACUGAUAUGAUGAUAUGAUAGUGAGGUUUUAUUAGGAGCCAUAUGAUAGCAGUAGCUCCAAAAAUUGUAUUUACCUUCUCUAGUGUUGCUACCCUUCUCAAAAUGAUACACAAUUUACUUUGUUUCUUACUGAAUUAUAAAACAGUUAAACAGUACACUUUUAUUACUAGUUUAACUUCUGCCCCCACAAAAAUAAUAGCUAAUCAUUAAAGUGAUAGUGUAAUAGACCUUUUCUACCUGGAGUUGCCCUUUUAUCAUCCUUACAAAUGUCUUUAUAUUGCACCAGUUAUCAUAGAUGAGGUACAACAUUCUUUGGGGUAUUCCAUAUAGUAAAGUUCCUUUCAAGCUGCUGCUUAUGUAAUAGGAUGCCUUUUGUUUGAGGCCACACAACCGUCUUUGCCACACCUGGAAACACUUUACUUUUAAACCAAAAUGGUAACUGUAAUCUUUUGGAGAUGGGAAGACUUUUCUCGUCAGAUCUGAACUAGUUAACUACAACCAGACAUUGGAUCCUACCCAAUUCGGCUUUGUCAAGGGCAGAUCAUGCCUCUUGAACUUGGUCAAGUUUUUUGA